AGCUGUGCUUUGCUCUGCCGAGACUCUUCCUGCUACAGAUGUGCACUGCGGAUUGUACGGAUCUUCAAGAUCACACACUGUGGAGCGGAAAACAGCUGACGACAGAGACAAAUUCUCUCUCUCUCUCUCUCUCUCUCUCUCUCUCUCUCUCUCUCUCUCUCUCUCUCUCUCUCUCUCCCUCUGUGGGCCAGCAGCCGACUCUAUCUAGGAUUACCUGUGCAGGUGAGGCACUGAGGACAGAACAGAAGAACAAACUGAACUCACUGUCCCAGUGAAGUCCACCCCAGCAAACUUCUUCACUUCUUCAAAGCUUGUGAUCAAGCUCCACACAUCCCCAUCCAAUCCGCCAUCUUCAGCCAAUGACUGAAGCAGAAGACAUAGGUGCCAUGGCAAUGGCAGCAGGUGAUGCCGUGAUAGAUAGACAGGAUGUAGUGGCUGCCAUGGCGACCAGUGACACCAUGGAAGUAGGCAAGGAUGAAGGAGGCGCCAUGGCAACCAUUGGUGCUGCAGUUGGGUUAUCCGAGGAAGCAGGUACCAUGGUGAUGCCAACUGCAACCCAUGGCUCAAUGGAAUUGUCUAUCCCUGGAACCACAAUAAUACCAGUGGGUGAAGCUACAGCUAUGCCAGUGGAUGGUGCUAUAGCAAUGCCAAUGGAUAGUGCUAUGGCAAUUGAUAUUGCUAUGGCAUUGCCAGUUGAUGAUGCCACAACAAUACCAACAGAUGGUGCCAUGGCAAUGCCUGUGGAUGGUGCCACAGCAAUGCCAGAGGACAGUGCCAUAGCUAUACCAGUGAAUGGUGCCACAGCUAUACCAGUGGAUGAUGCCACAGCAAUUCCGAUGGAUGGUGCUACAGCAAUGCCAAUGGAUGGUGCUACAGCAAUGCCAAUGGACGAUGCCACAGCUUUAGGGCCCACUGCUCCUCCUGUGGAUCUCUGCAAGGUCUGUGGGCAGCGGCACCUGCUGGACGAGAACCAUGAGUAUAACUAUAAGGAAGAGGUGGAUGACGAGCUCCUCUGCCACAUCUGCCUGCAGCCCCUGAUCCGUCCACUGGACACACCCUGUGGCCACACCUACUGCCAGGAGUGCCUGACCAGCUUCCUUCUGGAGAGUGACUUCUGCCCAGUGGACCGCGUGCCGCUCCUGUUGCAGACCUGCCGCAAGUCCAGCCUGCUCGUCAGCAAGUUGCUGGACAAGCUAAUCAUAGCCUGUCCCUUCAGUGACUUCUGCUCUGACAUCAUGCCCAGGGGAGAGCUGCAGGGGCACCUCCAAAGCAGGUGUAAAGGAGCGUCACACUAUGGCCUGUCGGCUGAAAGGAAGCGUCGCUCUCAAGAAGGAGACUGUACUGACAGCACGUCGGAGCUGGCCGUGGCCACGUUGUCCGGUGAUGGCUCGGGCUCCAGCGCUGUGGCCCUGCUGUCUGAUGAGCCUGGCCUGGUCAACCCUGCAUACGAGCCCAGCAUGGAGGACACCAGCCAAUCAGGCAGCACCACCAGCCUGGCAGCACGCUGCAAUUCCAAGAAGAGUGAGUUCCGCAACUUUGACCGCUCAUCAGUACGGAGCCGCUCAUUCCGGCGUUUAAACCGAGCAUUCAGCGUCCUCAGACGCACCAAAAGCGGCACAGCCGUGGCCAAUGAUGGCACAGAGGAGAGGGACAACCUCAGAAAUGCCAACAUACCACAAGAGGUGUUUGCUCUGCCUCAGCGCCACCAUCUCAUCCCAGAUGGUGAGGUCACCACCGUUAAGAUCACUCGACCUGACCCCUGUGAGCCACUGGCCAUCAGCAUCGUCGGGGGCAAUGAGACGCCACUCGUACGCAUCCUCAUUCAGGACAUUUACAGGGAGGGAGUCAUCGCCCGGGAUGGGAGACUGCUGCCUGGAGACAUGAUCCUUAAGGUGAACGGUAUUGAUAUAACCAACGUCCCACACUGCUAUGCCCUGGCUGCUCUAAAGCAGCCUUGCACUUUGCUGAGACUGACUGUUCUCCGUGAGCAACGCCACCGCUACCGUUCUCACCACCACCACCAUGUUCCCGGGCCGGGUGAGCUGUACCCGGGCUCUGGCCCCACAGUCCGAGACGACAGCCUGCAUGUGGUGCUGGUGAAAGGGGCGCCUGACGAGCAGCUGGGCAUCAAGCUGGUUCGGCGGCCCGAAGAACACGGCGUCUUCAUCUUCCACCUGUUAGAGGGUGGCCUGGCUGCCCGCGAUGGACGCCUGCAUGUGGACGACCGCGUGCUAGCCAUUAAUGGCCACGAUCUGAGAUAUGGAGCCCCUGAACAUGCCGCACUGCUAAUACAGGCGAGCGUGGAGAGGGUCCACUUCAUUGUGUCUCGGCAGACACACGUGCCCCCUCCAGACAUCCUGCAGGAGGCUCCGUGGAACAUGGAAGGACCCCCACCCUACUCACCUGUGGACAUAGAGCACACACUACUCGACUCGUGUCAUAAGCCAGCGUGUUAUGAGAAGACGGUCACUCUCUCAAAGGAGCCUAACGAGUCUCUGGGCAUGACUGUAGCUGGGGGCAUGAACAGCCGCGGCUGGGAUCUACCUGUCUACGUCACCAACAUUGACCCCAGUGGGGUGGUGUCCCAGGAGGGAUCCAUCCGCAAAGGUGAUAUCCUGUUAAAUGUGAAUGGUGUGGACCUGACUGGUGUGACUCGGGGCGAGGCUGUGGCUAAUCUGAAGAACACCUCGUCUCCAGUGGUGCUGCGUGUGCUGGAGAUGAGGCCACCGGAUGUUAGCUCUCUAGACUGCAUGCCACCGCUGCACUCGCCCUGCUCACUCUCACCCUGCUCGCCCAGCGACAUCAAAAUGCCCCUGCCCAGCGAUGACUACUCACCAAUCUGGGUUUCCUGGCUUCAGCUGCCCAGGCACCUGUACUCCUGUAAGGACAUUGUGUUGCGGAGGAGCACAUCAGGCAGCCUGGGUUUCAGCAUCGUAGGAGGACAGGAAGAGCUCAACUGCAACCAGUCCUUCUUCAUUCGCUCCAUUGUAGAGGGCACACCUGCCUACAAUGAUGGCAGAAUACGCUGUGGAGAUAUCCUGCUGGAGGUGAACGGGAAGAGCACCUGGGGAAUGACCCACACAGCUCUGGUGCGCCUGCUGAAGGAGCUGAGGGGGCGCAUCACCCUCACCAUCGUUUCCUGGCCCGGCAGCCUGCUAUAGGUCCGCACUGCAUGGGGGAGGGGUUUAUUGCACUGACCCUACACUGGGGGGGCGGGCCUUAACACAGCCCCUGCCCAGGGCUUUGGACAUGGACUUCCUUGGUAGGCAGGUCAUAUGAAAUGGACCGCCCCACCUUUGAAAGGCAGGGCCAAGGCGCUUUGGCCUCGCCCAGGCAGGAGGGGCUUACAUGGACUCCUGCUCAUAACGGUGGGGCUCAUGACAGACUUAACAAAAGCCUUGCAGUUGCUGUUCAGGUAAACUGACAAGACUUUGGAAGGGAUACUGUGAGGAGUCUGGAAGGCUUGUGACAAUAUACACAUACCUGUGCUGGCUGCCUGGGACUAAAGACUCCUAGCCCUGCCCUUACUGAGUUCGCAGUUUAGGCACAGGAAGACACAUAGAGCAACUAAUGACGCUACAACCUGCUGAGGAUGCCACGUUGGCCAAGGGCCUGAAGGUUGGAGUAAGGGAAGCACCGAUUAACAUCAUUAUCACAUCAUUACAAGGAGUGCAUUUGAAGAUACAUGUGAUACAAAGUGUACAUAAGCACUCCUCUAUGGGCACUGUGCAAGAAAUAUAUGGGGUGCGUGACACUGAUUUGGGACAGAAGAGAGGAGUUUCUGGGAAAUCAGGGGAAUAUGGUAGUUUGGGGUGGGAAGGGGACACAAGUUGCCAACUCCGUUAGUUUAUAUGUUAGAACAUGCAUUUAAGUGGACGCACAUUUCUUUACUGUUAAUGUUGGUGUCUGGAGAAGAAAAAAAAAAGAUGAAUUCAAACACUCGUACUAUGAUGACUAUUUCUUUUGUUUUUUGUUUACUUCUCUCUGUUCCUAUGGCCUUUUGGAUAUCGGCUUCGCUUUCUUCGCUCUGACAGUGGUGCAUUCUCUCCAGCCGUUGGCAUGGAGACCCGUUUGCCAAGUAGUUUGUUUUUUUCUUUUUCGUCUGUGCUGGUAUGUUUCAGACGCUGUCGCAAAGACAAAAAUCUCCAGUGAGUAUUAUGAAAAGAAAAAAAAUAAACAGUGGAAGUUGACUAAAAUAAAUACUGUUCACAUGCUCUUUAAAAAAAAAAAGAUAUCUAUGCUUAUAACAAUGAGAUUUUGGCGGCCUUGCUGAUUUUGCUACUCUAGAGACAUGAGCUGAGAGAGCGGAGCGUGGAAGCGUGUUUUUUUUUGUUUUUUUUCGUGUGUGUGAAAGUUGUCACGGGAAGCUGUGCAGUCCAGUGUCUCAGGCUUUUGGCUUGUGUAGUAUACUGUAACUGAUGAUACCUUUGGAUAAAUAACCAAUAAAAAUCAUUCUACAAGGA